ACCCGCCCCCAGAGCCGCCCCCGUCAAAAACACGUCUUUUUCGUCCACUUUUGUGAAGUUGUUGAAGGCGUCGACUCGAUCGUCAAGCUUAUCGACGACAUUCGUCGAGUUGAUUUUAAUGUUUGUCUUUUUGAACGCCCUGUAUUUUUUCAACUGGUUCAAGAGACUGAAACUGUACCGAAGGGACAUUUUCGGGAUUUUCACCACGACGUCCUUGCGACGGGUUUGGUUCAAACUGUCCAAAAUCUGUCUCGAUUUCAAAUUCUGGGCGAAUGUUUUAAUAUCGUAUUUGUGGGGAUUGUCGUUGUUCGGGAGGAUUAGGUACAUCCCCAGUUCCUGGUCGACGUAGGGGAUGGAAAUGAGGCGGAAUUCGGGGGAUUCGAAGUAGGGGAUUUGCUCGAGGAAGUUGAGCAUGUAGGUCACGGGGAUGGUUUCGGUGGUGGUGACGCUGAAGAGGCCGUCACGGUUCAAUUCGUGGCUGAAGGGGAGCUCCCAGUCGGCUUUGAAGUAGAUGUAGUUGGCGAAAAUCGAGAGAGUGGUGGGGGAGGGCGGCUCAGGGAGGAUGGAAGUGAUGAGGCCGCGAGUGUUGUUAGACACCCAAGUGUUGAUCCAACUGCGAAAAGAGGUGACCCUUGGGCAAGGCCAAUAACUCGACUAAUUGCUUCCGGAAUUCGCCUUCGGCUCCAAGAAUCAACUGUCCGAGAAUAACAGUCGCACUAAUCGGACUGACGAGGAAAUUCUCCCUUUCCUCCCCCUCGAGGAAGGCCUGGAGGCGAAUCCCGACGCCGAAGACCGCCUCCAGGGCCAGUUUGUACUGCUCGACGAGGGCCUCGUUGGCGGCGGGCAGCGGGGGCGGCGGCCCCGGCUCCUGGCCGCUGACGUAAGCGCAAAACAGGAGAAUCACGUGCACUCGCAUCACUUAUCGCAAGGUGAACAGGUCGCCGAUACGUUGAACACUAAUGCGACACCGAGAGAUUUUUCGAUUUUGUGCGGUUGGCUAUAGUGGGGAAAACCUGAUGAUGGGAAAACCGGCGAGAGUGACCUUUGCUUAUCACCGGGGGACGGUUAUCGCGAAAACAAUGAGCGAAGAUGAAUGCGAGCAGGACGUGGGACUUUAAAGACGGGUUUGGGACCUCCUUGGGGGCAGAGAUCAGAGGGAACGAAUGGGCCCCUUUGAUACUGAUUCCGCUCCUGGCGGCUAUCAUGCUAGUCGCCAGUGUCCUCCUCUUGAUCAUCUUCAGACAGCACCCAACUCUUGUGAUAACCACCGUCGCCGGGUGUCUUCUCAUCGUCACCAUUUACCUCACUUUCACCACUGUGGGCAAUGUAAGCGAAACGUACGAAUAAAAACAAAUAAAUAGUAUAUUACACACCGACGUGGAAAGUAUUUUUCAUUUCUGUCGAGAGAAUAGAAAGUUGACAAGUUACAGAAAUUGAGAUUCUUUCGAGACACCAAUCGCACUUUGGAGAAAAACAACACCGCUCUUUGCACAAUAGUAUACUAAAAAACAAGUGGUACAAACACCCUCAUUGUGAUACGAGCCAUGCACGAGUAUCACAAUGAUUGAAUAAUUUUUAUAUUUGACAGUUUAAAUUAUGACAUUUGACGUAUACGGUACCCAAAUUGCUCGAAAAUAGCUUAAAAAUGUUUACUUUCGUUUUUCUAUCGUUUUCGUUUGAUUUUCUUGAAGUGUGUGAGCCAUAUUUACGCAAAAUGUCAAAAGUGUCAGAUUGGAUGAUUGAUAAAUUGAUAAUCCAACGCACUCUUAGUAAUGUUUUUUUUUAAUUACCAUUUUCAUGGACUUUUAGGACUUUUGACUUUUUUUAGGGUCACGCAAAAUUGCCCCCCUUGGCCCCGUGCAAAAACAAUUACUAUCGCGCGACAAAGAUUUUUAAAUUAACUUUUUACACAGUGUGAGAGCCUUUUUGUAAGGUAUACCGAGAAAUGUCAAUAACUGUCAAAUUGAAUGAGUAAAAAUUCAACGCACUUUUGGUCAAGUUCUUUUAAACAUUAAUUUAGGAAUUUUUAGCCCUUUUUACCUAUAGAAAUCAUCCUACUUUGUAAAAUUAUGAUUAAAUUUUUGUUUUUUACCGUCA